AUGCAGAUAUUCAUUCGCAACCGUACUGGGUUUCUUAUCACGAGAUCGAUUCUUGGCCUUGCAGAGGCCGGCUUUAUUCCGGGCGCGAUGUUUACUCUUUCCAUGUGGUACACACAAAAGGAUAUCACGGUACGAAUCGCCAUCUUUUUCUUUGGUAUGUUUGGCGGGACUGCGGUCGGCCCGUUGAUAGGAGCAGGCUUGUUGAAGUUGGAUGGGAAAGGUGGCCUGUGGGGAUGGCAAUGGAUCUUCCUAGGUGAGGCUUUUCUGAAGAUCGCGCAUUGGUGGCCAUUUGAGCUGACAUUUUCGGUAGUCGAGGGGGUUUGGACUGUGUUGGUUUCAAUCGCACUUCUUGCAUUACUUCCGGGUGGACCAGCCGAUGGUAUCCCUCAAGAUGCGGAGGGUACAACUCACCUUGAUUUGAGCACCGGAGAAUCUUCGCAGCCAAAGAUACCAAUGAAGGUGGUCUGGAAGACUGUGACCAACUUCAGAAAAUGGCCACAUUUUCUUGCCACAGCCUGUGUUUUCGCAACCUGGAGCCCGCUGACGACAUAUACUCCCAGCAUCAUGGUGUCCCUCGGGUUUUCGAGAAUUUCGGCGAAUGCCUUGGCAGCCAUUGGCAACUUUAUAACUCUCCCCGUGGUUCUCUUAUUUGCGUGGGCUGGCGGCAAGCUUCGAAAAUGGGGCUUCACAGUGAUGACUGCGCAGGCGUGCUAUCUGAUCGCACUUAUAGCAUUAAGGUGUAUCCAGCCCCAUGUCGGGACCUGGAGUAAGUUUGGGCUUUGGACCACAGCAAAUGGCCUCGCGGUAGGGUAUCACCCUGUCCACAAUGCUUGGAUUCAAGUCAAUAGCGGAAGCCCCGAGGAACGAAGCAUCAAUAUGGCGUGA